AUAAUAAUUUUGUCCAAUUCAACCAAUUUAAAAAAAUUAAAAAAUCAGAACGGCUUUAAAUUUUUAUGUUUUUCAAUUCAAAGUUUCAAUGUCAUAGAUUUGGCUUAGGCUUACCAAACCUUUGAGUAAUCUCUCUCUACAAUAAAGUAAUCCUCUUUCUCUCUCCUAAUAAGUCUAUUUUUAUUGAGCAUUAAUUUCAAUUUCUUAGUUAAGUUCAUCAGCAUCACCUACAAUUGUCUCUUUCAAGUGGGUAUUUUUCAAAUUUUGAUUUUUGUUCAUAAAAAUAUCUGUUGGGUAAAUCCAUUUUUCUGUUUUUGGUAAAGGGUUUUUCUCAUUUUUAGUUGGGUAUCUUACUGAGUGAAAUUAGGGUUCGUGAUAUUUGUUUUUGAGAUUUUGUUCUUAUAUGGUAUUGUGCUCUUUUGGUUGACUAAUUUGAUUGGAUUAUUGGGUUGCAUUUGAUAAUUUGGUGCAUUUUAGGGAUUUUGUUUUCUGGGUUCGUAUGAAAAUGGCAUUGGAAAUUGUUUGGAAUUAGGUAAUUGGUGAUGUUUUGAAGGGUUUUGCUUAUUUGAUUGGUUGAAAUUAAUGGAGUUUGUUUAAUUGAGAUUAUGGGAUUUGUGAAAAUUGUAUGCAAUGGCACUUGGACACAAAGAAUUGGUGCAAAAAUGAUUGUUAGUGUUGUAGAAUUUGGGUAGCAGAUUGUGUAUUUUAAGGAAAAUGCAAAUGGAUUUGUGGGUUGUGGCAGCUGCUACUGGUGCUGGAUACUUAGCUAAGUACUGGAAGAAUGUUUUAGGGGAUAAAGAAGGCUCAUCAGGGAGCCCUUCUGGGAGUUCACUUCCGGAUAAUCCUGAAUCGCCGUCUUUGAUUCAACCGCUAGGUGGCAAGACGUUGCCUAGCCGCAAGCCCUCAUGGACAGAAAGAGGAGGGCAAUGUUUCAGUGAUCCUGGAAAGGGUGGCCAUUCGGAUGGAAUGUUUACGGAGACAUUGGGGAGGGAUGAUCGUUUCGCUAAUGAUGUAGCUUGUACGGAGGCAAUGGGUCAUGAGAAACAAAUUGAUAAGUUUGAGGAGUACAGUGAUGGGUAUAGGUUAGAUGCUGACAUUCCUGAUAAACCUGAAUACAACAUUUGGGAAAUGGGGGUUUCACCUAGCUCCAGAAGAAGCAGUAAAUGCUUGAGAAGUAGACGGCUCCAACGUCAUCCUUUGCAAUAUAUUAAUCCCCGUACUUCUCUAGAUAGUUGCCUUAUGGCUCAGAUGCAAAGGGAACGUUCAGAAAUGGAAGAAUAUCUUCUUACACCACUUUCUUCACCUUGUGCUCCCGUCUUGAGGCCAUUUCUUGUUAGUGAUGGAAAACGAGUAAUUAGUAGAGCGAGUGAUGAUUUCAGAAAUGAGUUGCACAAGGACGUACGCCCAAAAGCAGGUGAUAAUGUAGUUGGGGUUCCUCAUCUUCCACAAAUCAUUAAAACUGGCUUGGAAAAAAAGUUUAGCGUAGGCAAGAAUCAAGUGGGAAAAUCAAGCAAAUCCAACAAAUCAUUUGAAUUGGACACAAGAGAUGGAUCCUCAAGUAGGCAAGCUCUUUUCUGUUUUGGAAUUUCAAUCGGUGUAAUGUGUACAAUGAUAGCUGACAAAAUGGAAGUGCAAAAGCUGAAGGAUAGCUUAAAGCAAACUGAAAAUUUGGUUGAAGAUCUUCAGGAAGAACUGGAGAUGAAAGAUUCAUUAACUGUUAAAGAGCUGGCCAAUGAUGACGACUCACAGGAUAUACUUGAAAGUUUGUGUGGUCAUGAUAAAAUGAGUUUGUACUCCAAUCUAGAUGAUACAAGUGUGCCGAUAAGAUAUGCUGACGAAGAAUCAGUAAGCCUGGAAAAAAUUGACUCCAUGAGUAAAAUUGAAGCAGAGCUUGAAGCUGAACUGGAAAGACUAGAGCUAAGCAUGAAAGGAUCGACUUUGCAAGGAAAAUCAUCUGAUUCUAUUGAGGAAUUAGACCAGGAUAUGGCUUCGGAAUUGGUGCAUGGCGAACUAAAUGCUGAUAUAUUUCGAGGAAGAUCCAGCUCAGAACCAACCCCUGAUCGAGGCUCAACCCCUCAGUCAAUGAAAGAAGGUGUCUCACCUCGUGAGCUGAGCUUGCGCUUGCAUGAGCUCAUUCAAUCAAGAUUGCAAGAACGAAUCCUGGAGCUUGAGGCUGAACUUGCCAAUAGCCAGAAAAAGAUACAACACUUGGAAUCAGAGAAAAACUCGUGGAGAGAGGUUUCUCCAAGUGAAUCCUCCUCUAUCCCUGACAGCCCUGUGGCACAGCCUCUUGUAAUGAAUUUGUCCGGUGAGGCCCUUGAUGCCUAUAAUGAAGCUUUUGGGGAACUUAACAAGCUGAACGGAUCCCAAACCGGGGAUUCGUGGAUUGAUGGCAACAAACAGCAGGAUAAUCAACUCACAAUGAAUCAAGGGAUGGGUGACAAGGUAAACGGCAUCCAAAAUGGUGGAAAUAAAGUACCUUCAAAUGAAGGUAGCCCAAACGACUAUGUCAACAGAGAAGACAGUGAUGAUGAUUUGCUACUGAUAAAACAGAUUGUUGAGAAAGCUAGGCAAGGCUCUCCAGCUAUUUUAAGGGCACAAAGAGCCAUGGUAUGGUUGAAAAAUGAUGAGAAUUAGAACAGUGGAAUGUAAUUUUUUGGUACAUUGUAAAAAGAAAAAACAAACAACAUUUUGUCUUGUAGAAUAGUAAUAUUUUUUUUGGGAUCCUUCUCCACUUUCGGCUAAACAACCGGAGCAACGGUUGGUGAAUAGUAAUGUGUGACCAUUUCUAAA